AUGACGACGACUUCACUGCAACUAAAGCUGAGAGGAAUCUUCUUAGCCGACGAUUCGCCGGAGAAAUGGACCAACCCCUUCAGUGACAUCUUCACCAACGUCAUCGACGCCGUAAGCAACUUCUUCCAGCGUCUGAUCGGGAUGUUCAACCAGGAAUUCCCCCCGGACAGCCGUGACGAGCAGAUCCGCCACUGGUUCGACGGUGCCACACCCUAUCUCAUAGCUGCCGCCGUCUUGAUCACCGUCCUGUGUUGCUGGAGCUGCUUGCUGUCGUGCAUCUCUUCCAUUUUCGUCGGCUGUUUCAACGUCGUCCGUUCAUUCUUCCGGUGUUUCGGUCGGUGUUUCUGCUGCUGCUGUGGAAGAAGGAUGAGAGCACCCGGUAGAUCUCCGAUGAUGAUGCGAAGGUCUGCGUUUGAAGCUAACCCUAGAGGCUAUUUUCGUGAUCUUCGUGGGAAGCCUAAUAAUUUUGUUUACUAG